AUGUACAUCCGGAAGCCCGCAUUGAUCGAUACCGAGAAGUGGGAUGGCUCCUAUGGAAUGCUCAGCAGAGAUCCGGAUGAUAGCAGGGUUGACAACAAUGCAAAGACAUAUUCCGACAACACGACGUUGACACCACAGUCGGCGACGUGUUUGGAUGUAGGCGAUUGUUGCCCAAUGCCUGUAUCCCGCUGUUCAUCAAUGCGAAGUGCUGCCACUUCUUCCGGCAAUUGGCAGCAACCAGAUUGCACAUUGAUAUUCUUGGACUGGGACGACACGCUGUUUCCAACCACUUGGUUGGAAUCCAAGCAGGCUUUCCAGGAUUGGUGUCGGAGCGGCGCCUGGCGGAGUGAGGCUUCACCACACUUGGAUGCCAAAGAUGUGGCUAUGCUCCAGGACAUGGAGCAGGCAGCUCGGGCGAUUGUUGCGACAGCUUCGGACCUGGCCCACGUUUGUUGUGUGACCUUGGCACAGCCUCCAUGGCAAGAAGUGUCCAUGAAGGUCUUCAUGCCGAAGUUGUACGAGCUUUGGCAGGACCUUGGCAUUGAAGUUGCCUAUGCCAGCCAGGAGACGGACAGCAGACGGUACGGCAGCUCUGCUCCGGCUGCGAGGGCCAUCGUCAAGGAUGUCAAUGAGCAGGACGACCUCUUCAAACAGCAGCAGAUGCAGAAGAAAAUGAAAGCUAUGGAGAAGACCGUGAAGCGAGUUUUCGGUCAGUCGUGGAAAAAUCUGAUCAGCAUCGGUGACGGCGAAGCCGAGUGGGAUGCUCUCCACGACUUGGCUUUCAAGCAUGUAAAUCCAACGAGUUCAAGGACUCAGAGGCAGAAGGAGCUGCGUCUGAAGACCGUCAAGCUGCUGGAGGAGCCCACUUGUUCCUUGUUGCAGUCGCAGCUGCAGGCCUGGCCUUCAGCAGACCAUGAGGGGUGUAUUGCGACAGAUUACAUAUCGAAGCAGCAGUCCUGGUAG